AUGGCGGGGAUGGAUCAGAGCGUGCAGGUGCUGGCGUCCUUGUUGGACACGCUCCCGCCGGAGUUCGUGCAGCCCGAGCACAAGCAGCCGGGCGCGACGACCACGUUCAGCGGUGCGGCGGCGGCCACAGAGCUCCCCCUGAUAGACAUGUCCAUGUGGAACGCCGGCUGCUGUAUCGCGGAGGCAGCUCGGGAGUGGGGGAUCUUCCAGGUGGUGAACCACGGCGUGCCGUCGGAAGCUGUGGCGGAGCUGCAACGCGUGGGGCGUGAGUUCUUCGCCCUGCCGCAGGAGGAGAAGGAGCGGUACGCCCUGGACCCGGCCUCCGAAAGGACCGAGGGCUAUGGCUCCACGCUGGGGCGGGAACCCAAUGACAAGAAGGUGUGGGGCGACUUCCUCUUCAACAUCGUCGCGCCGCCGGCCGCGGUCAACCUCGAGAUGUGGCCGAAGGAUCCGCAUGGAUACAGGGAGGCGAACGAGGCCUACUGCGGGCACAUGCAGCGGCUGACGCGGACGCUGUUCGAGAGCCUCUCCGUGGAGCUGGGGCUGGAGCAGGGCGCCAUGGCGGAGGCGUUGGGCGGCGACGACGUGAUGUUCUUGCAGAAGAUCAAUUUCUACCCGCCAUGCCCGCAGCCGGAGCUCGCGCUCGGCGUCACGCCGCACACCGAUCUUUGCGCCCUCACUGUCCUCGUGCCCAACGAGGUGCAGGGCCUCCAGGUGUCCAAGGACGGCCACUGGUACGACGUCAACUACGUGCACGGCGCCCUCAUCGUCAACAUUGGCGACCAGAUCGAGAUUUUCAGCAACGGGAGGUACAAGGCAGCGCUGCACCGGGCGAUGGUAAGCAAGGAGAAGACGCGGAUGUCGUGGCCGGUAUUCUUGGAGCCGCCCCUGGAGCAAGUUGUCGGGCCGCACCACCAGCUCGUCACCGACGAGACCCCGGCCAAGUACAAUGCCAAUACGUUCAAGCAUUACAAGUACUGCAAGUUCAACAAGCUACCCCUAUGA